AUGAGGUUCCACGUCGUGUAUAUGUUCGCAUCGGUCCUAGCCACCGUGUUAGCUCAACCGGGAGUACCGGCAGCAAAAACAUUGACGACUCACGGUCUGGAGCCACCCGCUAAAUUCGUUGGGGUCAAGAUCUGGUCGCCGCAGACUCCGAGCGGUAGUCCUACAGCAUUUCGGGUAUACAACAGUGAAAAAUUAUUAAGCAUGAUGGUUUUUGACGAUAGAAAGGUUCGGCUCAUAAACAACAGCGACUAUACGUUUAUAUACUCCGUACAUGAUUGGGAUACAAACUAUUGGCUCGAGAACGAACGAUUGGAACCAAAUACAGUUCAGGAUUUCCUUAAUGUUAGUACGGGAAAAUUCUAUAUAAUCAAAAGAGUUUAG